UUUACGAAGCGUCUAGGCAACAUAGCCAGCCUGGAUGAGUGGGGCUGAAGGGCCGGUUCCGUGCUGCAAUAACUACGGAUCACUAGCAUUAGAGAGCACCGGGCCUAGUGGGGUUAAUGUAGUUGACUGACUUCCUCGCCCAUUACAAGGCCGUACCCCAGAAGAAGCUUACUGACCAGCCGAUGGAAUCGGAGGGAAUGGCAGAGUCGGUUCCGUCCUUGGCCCUGGACUCGGUUCUCAAACGGAGUAGCACGAUGCCUGAGGGUUCAGUGCAGAUCAGGGGCUAUGACUUCAACAGAGGCGUUGACCACCACGCUCUGCUGCAGUCCUACCUGACCACCGGCUAUCAGGCAUCCAACUUUGGCCAGGCCGUGCACCAGAUCAAUGCAAUGAUUGAGAAGAAGUUGGAACCCUUGGAUGAAUCUGAGAAGAAUGCAAUGAAUCUGAACCCGUGCCAGCGGGAGAUUACGGGCUGCACCAUUUUCCUGGGAUACACCUCAAACCUCAUCAGUUCGGGGAUCCGGGAGACUAUCCGAUAUCUUGUGCAACACAACAUGGUUGACUGUGUGGUGACCACGGCAGGUGGUGUUGAGGAAGAUCUCAUCAAAUGCUUAGCACCGACCUAUCUUGGCGAUUUCAGCCUGAAGGGUAAAGAGCUGCGUGUCAGUGGGAUUAACAGAAUUGGAAAUCUUCUCGUUCCCAAUGACAACUAUUGCAAGUUUGAGGACUGGUUGAUGCCAAUCCUGGAUCAGAUGGUCCUGGAGCAGAAGGAGCAGGGAGUGAAAUGGACCCCAUCAAAGAUGAUUGCUCGACUAGGGAAAGAGAUCGAUAACCCAGAGUCGGUCUACUACUGGGCUUACAAGAACAAUAUUCCUGUCUUCAGCCCUGCCCUGACAGACGGCGCGAUCGGUGACAUGAUCUACUUCCACUCCUACAAGAACCCCGGGCUGGUGCUUGAUAUCGCUGAAGACAUUCGCAGAAUAAACAACAUGGCAGUGUACGCCAAACAGACAGGGAUGAUCAUUCUGGGAGGGGGUGUGGUGAAGCAUCACAUUGCCAAUGCCAACCUCAUGAGGAACGGAGCGAACUUCUCGGUUUUCGUGAACACAGGCCAGGAGUUUGAUGGCUCCGAUUCUGGAGCCAGGCCCGAUGAAGCUGUUUCCUGGGGUAAAAUUCGUAUGGAUGCUAAACCUGUGAAGGUCUGUGCUGACGCCACUCUCGUUUUCCCUCUGCUGGUCGCGGAGACAUUUGCGUCCAAGUUGAGUGCGUUUUCGUCUCACCGGAAGAUGAUUUAAUCCACUGCCCGCGCAAGGCAAGCAAAUCCUACGAGCUGCUGCUGCCGAUGACACCAUCUCUUGUACCCCGGUGCCAUCGGGAUCCCGUCUGCCACACACUCUCCCUGCCAGUGGGAAGCUGCUGUUUCACAGGAACAGGCUGUGAGCCCUAAUCUCACAGAUCGACAGUGCGGAAUGGAGGGAAGGAGAGCGACGUGGCUGCGUCCUGGAGGAAUUACCCUUCAUCCACGUUUAUUCAAACUGUUGGGAGAAAUGGAUGUUUGCUUUAUGUUUUAGAAUAUGAGUUGCUGAUUGAUCCCUUCCUGCUUUUCCAUGUCAUUAGGGAAGCUGAGUAAUAGGCUGUGUGGAUGCAUGCACACGACGCGUGGAAUAAGGAGCAGAGAGUGGCCAGGAACAUACUACUUCACUAAAAUAUUUUGAAGGCCUUCAUGAGUUAAACCAUGGCCCAGUUUCAGCCUGGGUCAUGAGCAAACGUGAGCAGUGUGACACAUACAGAAUGCUGCAGGAACUCAGCAGGUCUGGCAGCGUUCGUGGAGAGGAAGAUAGUAUUGAUGUUUUGGGCCAAGGUCCUUCAGCGACACUCUGACCGGCUGACUUCCUCUAGCGUUCCGUGUGUAUGUUGCUCUGAAUUCCCGAAUCUGCAGAAUCUCGUGUUACAGAUGCAAGCAGAGCUUGCAAUGUCUGGCUUGUGUCACUUCGUUCCUCAUCGGGCGCUGGUAGAUCCCUAAGCCCACGUUAAACGGGUAUUUGCUGCACGGGUGGAGGGAGGAGACUGGAGAAACUUGCACAAUUUAAAAAAAAUCAAAUUCUUACUUGAGGAUCUGACUGCUACCUGGAGAUGAAUAAAAUCAGCGGCUGAAAAUCUG